AUGAAAAUGCUUGACACACCGCAUCUCACAACUUAUUUCGGCAACUGCCACUGCGGCCUCGUCAAGUUCACAGCCGCGCUGCCUGAUCUCCGCAGCGGCAAGAUCAAUUCUUGCAAUUGCUCCAUCUGCACCAAGAAUGGCGAUCUUCUAGCAUACCCCAAGGUGGCAGACUUGAAAUUCCUUUGCGGAGAAGCUGAUUUGACAAUGUACCGUUUUGGGAAUGCCAAAAAACCACACAAGUUUUGCCCCAAGUGCGGCACAAGUAUUAUGAUCGACUUCAGCGAGGCUGAGCACGAGGUUGAGCGCACUGUCAAUGCAGUCAAUAUACGGACCUUUGUAGGCAUUGAAGAUAUUCUAGACGAAAUUGAUCUUCGCCGUGUCAAUGGCAAAGAAAAGCUAUAUCCUCCUUAUCAAGUCCCUACAUUUUAG